AUGUCUUAUCCAACGCUUUACAAAACAAUCACAAAAAGUCGUUUCCUCUACAGUCUUUUGAAACCAGUUGCUAACUGGUACACAAAUAUUGCAGGAUAUAGACAACUUGGAUUGAGAUAUGAUGAUGUUAUAGCUGAAGAAAGUACAACAGUGCAGGAAGCAUUAAAGCGUGUCCCUCGAGAUGAAUAUGAUCAAAGAACUUUACGACUUCGUAAUGCUUUCCAACUUAGUAUAAGAAACGAAAUUUUGCCCAAAGAUAAAUGGAUUAAGCCUGUUGACGAUGUCAGAUAUCUCAAACCAUAUGUUGAUCAGGUAGCUUUUGAAGAAGCUGAACGAGAGGCAUUUGAUGCAGCUAAAGUCAUACGCAAGAAAUAA